AUGUCCAAAACCAACUUCGAGUCCGCAAUCGCUGCGCUGGAGAGAACGGCAGGACCUCCAGAAUCACUCCUAGCUGCCGCUGCCAGUACUCUAGGCAUUGAUCUCGAAGCCUCUAUUGCUUCUUCCUCAGAAAAAUUACUACCCCGAGCCGCUUCAGAUAGUACAGAACGUACAGGGUUCAAAGAACAAUGGGUCCUGCGCUGGCUUCUGAAGAAGCUAGCGUCCCCAGGCACAGUAUCUAGUUUCUCAACCUGUCCACAAUUCUGGUCACUCUUGAUCAAUUUGACGAAUAGCAUUCCGACUUCGGUCUGCUUGGAGAUCUUAGUGGAAAGAAACUUUUAUCGAACACUCAGCGAACUCAUUCGCCAUGCCCUCUCAUCCGACAAUGUCUCACCAAUUCAUGAUACGAGUUCGGACGCAGGGGACGGUUCUUCGUCUCGACCGAGUAAGAAGCGCCGUUUAAGCCCUACCACAGACAUUACUCUCAAUAUCAAGAGUAAGAAUAAGAAUUCACUAUGGAUUCUUCUUCAAGCUGUGUGCCGCUGUGUCGAGCUACUUGUCUCGCCCUCCGCCCAGCAUGGCAAUAAGCCCUUGCAACUCUCUUCCUUAAUGCAAAUAAGCGUUGAUGAACAGGCGGCCCUUCUGGGGUCGACUCUCGAAGUGGCCCUCGCCAUUAUCAAGACUUCCCCAGAGAUGUCCGAAGCAACAUUGCUAUCACAUAUGAUCAAUGUUGCAUUGUCCGCAUGGAGUUGCGAUUCCAUGUCGUAUGGAGCACAUCGGGAUAACCUCGAUCACGCAUUUUCUUCACAUUGUCUUGCUCCCUGCUUGCACCUCCUCGAUGUCGAAGCUCGCUUCGGUCACUCGCCUUUGACAUCUUCGAAGCAAGCUCUCGAACGUCUAGUGGCAGUUCAUGUUGUGUUCUCAGCCCGUUCAACGUUCAAUGCAAAAGACGCCAGAAAUUGGAGGAACGCUCAGGAUGUGCUGGUAUAUGAGCAAUUCGAGGCCAUGCUCAAAAGCUUCAAGAGGCGAUUCUUUGCCGAAGAAGGCGCCCAACGGACCAACGAUAUCUUUAACCUGAGCUCUCUCAUUUUGGACAUAGCCGUCCGUGCAAUUCCCUCGACUGAUUUUCGGCGAUGGCAAGCAGAACAGCCUUGGGUUGAGGCGCUUUUCAUAUGCCUCGCUCACCUUACAUGGCCGCAUAUGCCGCGUAUCAGCUCAACUGGUGUGGUGCCGAAUCCGAUGUCGGGCAGUGCCGAUCAUGAAAGAUCCCUAGCGGCCUUGGAAGAACUGGUAGAUGUGGCUCGCAUACACAGACUUCGUAUAUCAUUGCCGGUAUUGAGGUAUUUCAUUGCGGCAAUUCUGGCCUUUGGCCAUGACACCACUCCUUGGGCGGUACUUCUGGACACCGUUCGACUCGAUGUAAAUGUUUUGAUUCCGGGGACAGGUCUCUCCAAGUCGGAAGAGAUCCUGAAUUCCCUUCUAGGCAAGGUCGUGGGAAGCGAGGUUAGUACGGGCAUAUAUCAAUCAUUACGCGAUGAUCUCAUCAUCCCGCUCCUUCGUGGCUUUGCUCGGUCGAGGGAUCUUGAUGGAUAUCUUGUCAUCUGGCAACAAGGCUUAACAGAUGCGAUGCGAGCACGCUAUACCUCGAAAUCACAGCCAGAUCACAUUCCUGCGGUGCUAGUAUGGGAUGAUGAAGAUUUAUUCGACGAGUUUGGCAAACUCAGCUUGGUACAUGCGCCGAAAAGCAUGCCCAAUCAUCUCCUCAAAGAACUUAACGAAUCUUUCGAGGAGAUAACGCAAAACAUUGGUUUGACAGCAGACACACUAGCAAAAGUCGCCAUAUUCUCUGCUAUGCUGGAAAACUCACAAGACCUCACUAUGGAAUGGAACCCGGAAAGCGACCAACUUUCCAUUCUGUACAAGCAUUUAAUGUCAGCUUUGUCUCGAAAGUCAGAUUACCUGGCUCAACGAUGGCGUUUGUGGAAACUUGUGCAGCUUUUGCUUUCCACAUCAGGAAAAGGAACCCUUGCUGAAAUGGGGAAACAACUACUAGACCCUGCAACUCAGUUCGUGUCGCUCGGCGAGAUCGCAACAUAUCAACUAAGGGAUUUGACACGUAAAAGAGCCUCCAAAUAUCUCGAAGCUCUGGAGUGCUUUUCGACCACUCUUGAACUGUCUGCGAGGUCUCCCACAUAUUCUCACCAUUUUGAGACUGAGAUGCAUCACUUCAGGUCCCUGGUUGAUGCGAGUGCUCAAUCCCAAUCUGGGGAUGGCUCGGACACAUGGUCGGGGCGAGCAUUCGACUGCGACAGUUCGAGAAAGUUGGUGUAUGCCUGCGCUGGUAAGUUACUGCAAAAAUCAGCCAUAAUUCGCGACUAUCCCCUUGUAUUCGGAAAGCUCAGUGAACUUUGCCUUGAUAUCCUGGCAAAGACAAAGAACCCUGAAGAACAUGACGCUAUUCAAGCAAACCUGAGAACGCUUAUCGGCAUCUUACUGCGAACUGAUGAAAUGCACACUGCAACCCAACUGCAUCAAUCCAUCCUGCAACGCGCGGUCGACGAGCCGAAUCCGAACAGUGGCAGUUUUGAAAUCCGUAAGAUGCUUCUUGAAGAUGUCUCCGAAGCAUUGAUGAGGAGAUCACAGCUGAAGAAACUAGGCUCUGUACUAAGGCAGCGGCUUCUUGCAAUCUCUGGACCAAUAGACAUUGAGGCAGUUUCACAAGACCUUGCGUUGAUGCUUCAGAUUGAUGAUUCAAUUUCGGAAUCGCUCUUUGAUUCGAGGGACUGGCGUGCUUGGAUCAAUCUUUCGCAAGAAACAUGCAGAGUUGGAACUGCAGAGCCCUCGAUGCCCUUGUUGGCUGCAAUGCAAAUGCUUGAUCGCAUCCUAAAGCUGAUAUGGACGCGUGCGAUCUCAACUUUUCAAACACCAGCGUUGUCUGAGAUGAUCGAUUGGACCAGAGAUACCGUCAAAUUGUCUGAAAACGAGAAGCACGCCACCACUCACCUGCUCGGCCUGCAGGCUCUUGUGGGUCAGAUCUGCUCGUCCAAGAGCCUCCUCGGCGAUAUCAUAGCCGAGAGCAAGGUACGAAAACUUCGAGAGCAAUUCUUCAGUGUCCUGGAACGUAGUCUUCAGCAGUCCCCCGCAAACAAUGUCAUUCUGAAAAAUACCAUCAUGAUCCAGCUUUUGAUCCGUGCUGUCAGUGUUAUGCGGGACGCUACAUCGGACGAAAGUACACGACAGGUAGUGUCUCUGCUUCGAGACAGAUCUGUUGUACGCUCGUCAUCUCAGAAACACCCACAAUCUGAGGGUUUGGAGAUCUACGCCGAGUGGGAGUACAUGAAGUUGUCACCUGAACAGCAUCCCAUAUGUACAGCAGAGGAAAUACUGGCACAGGUUCAAGAUCUGGCGUCCUUUGCAUCAAAGAUCAGCCGUGAUCACUGUGAAAGUGAGCAAUUGGCUCUUCUCUGCACCAGAGCACACGUCAUCGCAAGUCGAAUCAAACCUACCGGAAUGGGAGACGCCCUCCAAUUGCUGCGCAAAUCCUCGAGCCAGCUCACACUCGACACGCCCAGGUGUAUUCUCACAUCAGCCAUAAUCUCGCAUGCUAACAUCGAUCUGAUGUCAUGCACGCCCAGGCUAGCCGACGAGUUGACGUAUAUUGUGACUCUCAAUGCCUCCAAAUGUCAUGAUAUGACUGGACUCUUUCUCGCUUUGGAGAACUGUAAAAUCGUUCUCCAUGGAUAUCCAUUGUUGAUCAACCAAUCUGCACUGGACAAGUUGCUGGCUUCAAUAUGCAUGCUGGGAGCGUACUCCCUUGUUCCAUUUCCUGGCACAGCUGACAGUGCACGUGAUAACCAGCCUGGGCCGGUCGAUCUCUUUGACCAAUGCUGUGCCAUCAUUGGGAUUGUUUUGAGCAGAUACAGGCGACGAAUAUCUGAUCGUUACCACCUGCUGCUGCCGGUUUUGCAGAUGCUUUUACGUUGUCUUUUUUGGCCUGGAACGGAGACGGUUCGGAAUCGACAGCACCACGGCCCAGCCCAAAACUUGAACGCGUUCAAGGAGACUUUACCUGUGUGGUUGCACGGAUCUGCAGACUCUCUACCACCAUCUUCCGCCGAGAAACUAUCUCGCCUUUUCUCCACCAUCUGCAACCCCUCAGUAUCUGCGGCAAGGUCUGCAAAGAAAGGAGGCCACAACGAAUUGAACGACGAGACCAUGAGGGCCAAACACCUUGCAGGUCAGCACAUGCAGUAUGUAGUCGUCGGAUACACCCGCUGCGCUCUGGAUGGACAAAUCAUGCCCACGGUCAAGGAACGAUUGAUGCCAGGCAUGUACGCUGUUCUUGAUUCAAUGGACAGAGAGCUUUUAAGAGCCAUGAAUGCUGGCAUGGACCCCAGUAGUCGUGCGAUAUUCAAGAAUCUCUACGACGACUGGACUAGAUUCGGCAAAUGGGACAAGACUUAG